GGAGCUUAAAUUUAUUAAAAUUGCGUCCUCGUUACUUGAAUUUUUUUUCUCCGUGUAUCGUUCUUUUCCCUCAUAUAUAAUUCGACACAAAAUUUCUUGUCGAAUAAUUUCACGCGAAGAAUAUGACAUUUUCACCCUAGUGAAAAUUACAAAAGUUACUUUUAGCAGUUUCACUAGAUCCGAGUUACAAAAUCGACCACCUAGGUGUGCCAUCUAAACAUACUUUGACUCUCUGCUUUACACAAAUUCAAGAAUGGGGCUGAAUGGCGCGCCGUUCAGUAGUAACCUUAAAAUAACGAGUAUACGAAUGGAUAUUUCUGUUAACUGAUUUUUUUACAAGAUUGCUAAUGUUCAUGGCAUAUUGUUAUUUUAACAAAAAUGAGUAGCCAUCACUCCAACAGUGACAUUAAAACGGAGAUUCAAAGUACACUGGUGGAUAUUUACGACCUUGGUUUAAAAAUACAACGAGAGUUUAAUGAGAUAAAUGAGAUCGUUCGAGAAAAAGGAGUCCUAGAUGUUGCCGUCAGUAAUGCAUGCGACACUCUGUCAACAACUGCGGAAAAAAUGGGUUUGGACAUUGCGAAUAUUAUCCAGAAAGAUGACAGUACCAGUGGAUUAGAUCUGGGAGGAUUAAGCCUGGUAACAUCUGAAAUGAUUACUAACAAGCUUCUAAAAGACAUUCUGAACCAACCGUUAACGGAGUAAAUAAAAAACUGAAUAUUUGUAUAUAUUGUACUUCUAUAGCAAUUACCCAAAGUACUUCUGAUAUGUAAAAAUGAGAUGAGCAUGUAAUUUUAUAUCAACUUACCAUUCUUUUUGUAACAAUUUGUAUAAAAUAUACUUUUAAAACACUACUAUACUAAA